CCGCGAUUUCAUUUUGAUUUUUAAUUUAUUUUCUUCUUCUCUUUUUAUAUAUAUUUGUAGAUCCGCGCUGCUGGGUUGCUGACAUUACCUAGGUUGACUUCUUUCCCCCUGGAUAUACUUCGAACUUGAGUAUAUCCUUUAGUACUCUGCAAUAUAGCGUUUCUUGCUAAAUUUCGUUUCGUUUCGUUUCGUUUUAUUUACAGCUUGGCUCGUUGGCGAUACGUUCCGGCGAUUUGGGAUUAUCCAAGCGCUUGCUUCCGAGAUCUAGCUUGCUAGCAACCCAACAAAUCGAAAAUCAAAUCCAAAAAAAUUCAACUCAACAGCUAGACGUAGGGUGGUGGUUGCUAUUAUAAAGAGUUUAUAUAACUAGAGGAGAAGGGGAAAGAAAAAAAAAAGGAAAAGAAAAGUGUAAAUUCAUACCGAGGUCAUUCGACGGCUUGUCCAGCUCAACUUUCAACAUGUCGAAUACUACGGAUGCGCCGCAGCAUAUAUCAUUCAGAUCCUGCACUGAAGUCGGUCCUUACUGUCCGGUUCAGGCUACGGUUCUGGGAUACUAUCCCAACCUCGGCGUCAAUGCCUUUCUCGCCGCUGCGUUCGGCCUGUGCAUCAUAGGUCUCGUCGUCACCGGUAUUUGGAAGAGGACGUGGGGUUAUUCCACUGCCCUCACGGCGGGAUGUAUUCUGGAGUUCGCAGGCUACAUCGCGCGCGUCCUCCUGCACAACAACCCCUGGGACUCAGGCGCGUUCCAGACGCAAAUCUGCGCCAUCAUCCUCGCGCCAACGCUAAUCUGCAUCUCCAUCUACCUAACCCUGAAACACGUCACCCUCUCCAUCAACCCCUCGCUCUCGCGCCUGCGUCCGCGCCUGUACCCGCUGAUCUUCGUCCCCGCCGACGUGUCCUGCCUGAUCCUGCAGGCCAUCGGCGGCAGCCUCGCCGCGUCCGCCGGCUACGACAACCCGGCCCUGCUGCUCUCCGGCGACCGCGUCAUCAUCGCCGGCAUCGCCCUGCAGUCCGCCGUGCUGGCCGGCUUCGGCCUCCUGUGCGUCGACUACUUCCUCCGCGCCAAGAAGUGGGUGGUGGCCGGCGGCGGCCAGGCGACGCCCCAGGCCCUGGCUACCUGGAACGAUAGGAAGUUCCGCAUGUUCUGCUAUGCGGUGGCGGGUGCGUACGCGGGCAUCCUGAUACGGUGUAUCUACCGAAUUGCCGAGAUGGCUGGAGGAUGGGGAAACAGGAUUAUGCAGGAUGAGCCGUCGUUUAUUGUGCUCGAGGGAUUCUGCAUCCUCAUCCCCGUCGCCCUCCUAACCGCCUUCCCGCCGGGCGUCCUGUUCCCGGCAAUGGCCGAGCGGGAAGCCCAGCGCUUCAAGAGGAAGAACAAGGGGGAGGAGAAGGUGUCUGGCGAGGAGCCCAUCACGUCGGGCGAUGAGGGACACCAGACGGAGCAGAAGACUCUCGGCGUAUAAGAUGACAGUGUUUCUUCACUUUUCUGAACUAUUGCUGUUCUCGUUUUAGUUGGGAAUUAGACGUAUGACCAUUGGCCUUUUUCUGUUUCGCCCGCCUGGUUCGUUUAUUUUUUGCAUAUAUAUACAGCGUGUGCGAUGAUAUAGACAUUCCUACCUAAUUUACCUGGACAUCCGCGGUUUUGCAUACCCUCUUAUUAUUCCGUACAUAUUUUUGAUUAUUAUCUAUUAGCUACUUAGUGCACCGCUUUCUAUUACGAAUGAGACACCAAGCCAUG